AUGUCCACAUCACUACUAGUUAUCGGAGCUGGUCUUCCAAGAACCGGAACAUUGAGUAUGAAAAAAGCAUUAGAACUGAUCUAUUCUCAACCAUGUUAUCAUGGUUAUGAACUAGUUACCACAAAACAACAUGAUAUUGCGAAAUGGCAAAUGCUUGCCGAUGAAGUACGUACUACACACAAUGAAGAGAAAAUACAUGCAUGUUUGAGUGAGAUAUUAUCUGGUUAUGUAGGUGUGGUUAAUACUCAUUCAUGUUGGUUAUUCAAAGAGAUGAUGACUUUGUAUCCGAAUGCUAAGGUUGUACUAACAACACGAGAUAAAUACGAUUGGUUGAUAAGUUUUCGACAAGUAAUUCAACCGAAAUCAGAUGAUCCACGUAAAAAACACAAAGACGAUGCUAAACGACGAGCUGGAAUUCCUGUGGAAUUAGAUAUCCUUAUCAAUGAUUCAUUAAAAUUGGCAUUUCGCAAAGAUGAUCUUAAUUUCGAUGAUGAUGAAAUGUUGCUGGCAUGUUAUGAAGAUUUCUUCAAAUAUGUACAACAAACUGUACCAUCUGAUCGUCUUCUAACAUAUCGAAUUGGUGAUGGUUGGGAACCAUUAUGUAGAUUCUUAAAUGUCGAUAUACCGGCUAACAUACCAUUCCCUGAAACUAAUCAACAAUCUGAUUUACAAAAGUUAAGAGAGGCAGUGAACAAAUGUGGAUCAAUUAAGGAGGCUGCUCGAGCACAUCCAGGAAUUAUAUAG